AUGUCCUUUCCGCCCCUGCUUCCCCUCCUUUCCGCCCCUGCUUCCCCUCCUUUCCGCCCCUGCUUCCCCUCCUUUCCGCCCCUGCUUCCCCUCCUUUCCACCCCUGCUUCCCCUCCUUCCCGCCCCUGCUUCCCCUCCUUUCCGCCCCUGCUUCCCCUCCUUUCCGCCCCUGGCUCCCCUCCUUUCCGCCCCUGCUUCCCCUCCUUUCCGCCCCUGCUUCCCCUCCUUUCCGCCCCUGCUUCCCCUCCUUUCCGCCCCUGCUUCCCCUCCUUUCCGCCCCUGCUUCCCCUCCUUUCCGCCCCUGCUUCCCCUCCUUUCCGCCCCUGCUUCCCCUCCUUUCCGCCCCUGCUUCCCCUCCUUUCCGCCCCUGCUUCCCCUCCUUUCGGCCCCUGCUUCCCCUCCUUUCCGCCCCUGCUUCCCCUCCUUUCCGCCCCUGCUUCCCCUCCUUUCCGCCCCUGCUUCCCCUCCUUUCCGCCCCUGCUUCCCCUCCUUUCCGCCCCUGCUUCCCCUCCUUUCCGCCCCUGCUUCCCCUCCUUUCCGCCCCUGCUUCCCCUCCUUUCCGCUCUCUCCUUCCCCUAA